AGUACCGCAGUGUUCCAGGACAGAGAUUGAUGGCCGUACACUCACAGUUGGGGCCCGUUAAAGAUAAAAAAGCGCAUCACGCCAGGGCAGGGCGGGGGCCCGCCGGAGUAUAUAAACCCUGGCGGCCCUGCGUUCCCGAUCCCACGGUCUAAAUCGCAGAGUUGCCCGGACUGCAGCCAUGGCGUUUGACGGAACUUGGAAGGUGGAACACAGCGAGAACUACGACGCAUUCAUGGAACAAAUGGGCAUCAACGUGAUGAAACGCAAACUGGCCGAGCACGACAACCUUAAGAUUAGCAUCCAGCAGAGCGGCAACGACUUCCACAUCAAGGAAUCCAGCACCUUCCGCACCAAAGACAUCCACUUCACGCUCGGGACGCCCUUCGACUACAGCCUGGCCGACGGCACCGAAGUCUCGGGAACGUGGGAACUGGACGGCGACACGCUGAAAGGAAAAUUUACCCGCAAAGACAACAACAAGGUGCUGACCACCACUAGAGUCCUGUUGGGAGAUGAACUUGUACAGAGUUUCAACUAUGAGGGUGUGGACGCCAAGAGGAUUUUCAAGAAGCAGUAACAUUUUUGUUCCGUUUUUUUAUACCCUGUAGAAGCAUAUUUGCAUUGCGAUUAAACAUUAACAUUUUUUUCACUAAAAGAAAUGGUGAUUUUUGCCUAGAAAACGCCAUGUUGUUGCAGCUAUUGUCCACAAGAGGGCAGCAAAGGUAUUAUUUAAAACGUAUUGUUAGCGUGGUUAACGUUUUCACAGCUAUUGACCGUGAUAGUGGGACGCGCCCCAGUCAAACUUGACUGGACGUCCAUCAACGCCAAUGGUGGUCAAUGAGUUAAUUUUUUGCUUUGUUUUGUUCAAAAUGGUUUCAACAAUAAAUCUGAUAUUUUACUUCUACUUUAUGGAUAUUAAUACCUAUUAAUGAAUUGUUUUGUUAUUAUCCUGCCAUGUAAAAUUGUGAUUAUUAUUGAAUUAGCUUUUUCAAUAAAGUACUUUCAUGUAGAGUCUACUUUGUGGCAAA